AGCCGCACGGAGCUUCAACCCAUACCGAGGCGUUUGAGAAAAAUGUCAAUCAGGUCCCAGGAUCGGCCCAAAAAGAAAACAAAUGUGUUUAGGAAGUCUGAACAGAACCCAGUCUCAAUGGACGCCCAAAGAUACCUUUUGGAGGAUAAAGACUACGACGAGGUCUUCGACUUCCCUUACUUGAAAGACGAAACCGUCAAGCGAUUCCUCAACAGCCACGGAAGACUGUUCUUCUUGGUGCGGGGCCUUCCAGGUUCCGGAAAGGGUCCCUUGGGAGACUUGCUGAAGAAGCACUACCCACAGAGCGAACUCUAUUGGGCAGACUCCAUGUUCUUGGGUCCCAAUGCUCCAGUACGCACCAAAGUCACUCUUGGGAAGUCUCAUGAUGUGUGCCGACGCAAAAUGGAGGACUACAUGAUUAAGAACGUUCCCGUGAUAAUCAACCGCAACAGCAACAUCUGUGUGUGGGAAAUUGUGCCGUACUUGCGUCUUGCAGCAAGGUACGGGUACACCGUCAUCCUCGCAGAAACCAGCCACAAGAUUCGUGCAAAAGCAGAGGUGCUAGCUCAAACAAACUCCAGACAGUUGAACGCAGGGUAUAUGCGAAUGAGAGGAGGCCAAUGGGAGGAGGUCUACCCCAUGUACACGGGCUGGUUCUUGCGACCUGUGGACGGCCUAUUUCUUUUCAGACGCCUUGGCCGCAUUUCACGACUUCUGACCGAGUCAGGUUGGAAGCAAGCCGAGAUGUCGCACACCGAAGGACAACCGUUCUGCCUUGGUCGGUCAUGUUGGUUCGCACAAGCUCCCGAGGAUAAGACGUAUUGCGACAGCAAGGAAGUGAAAGAUGCAUACGGAACAGUGCAUACGCUUAGCAUCAUUGGGUACGCCAUCAUGAGUGGGCUCGCCGUAGCCCUGGUUGCUCUGGACAAGACACAGACACGGCUUCUAGGACGACCCAAGGCAGCAGACGACGACUUUCUGAGCAUGCGCAUGACUGCUUUAAAUAUCCAGGACUGGGAACCAACACCCUGUGUCAAGAAACUCUCCGACAUCGUACUUGACGAAGACAACCCCCAACCCCUGAUGCUUGCAAAGACAACAACAGUCCCCGAGUCCGUUAGUUUUGUUAUUCUUGGAGCGUACGGAAAAUUGGAUAGGCCAUUAUUUCUCAAAUUUAAAGAGAUCAGAAACCAUUGGGACACUUUCCGCAAGAAAAUGCUCAUCUCUAGCGAUGGUGUCAGUUGUAAGGACAAGAUGAAACUAGGAGACGUCGACGCCUACAGGGAUGGAAAAGAAAUCCUACUGCUGGACAGAAGCGUGCAGCUGGACUCGGUCUUCACUGGUUACUAUCAACCCUACACGGUCCCAAGGAUGCAACCCUGGCACACUUCCAGGCCCUCGUGGCGUUGAACCAACCAAGGAAACAGCUUAUCAACUAUGCUGGAGGACCACACCGGCCAGCAUUUUAAGCAGGAGACAGAGACAAUUUUUACGGACUUUACCUUUUAUGUGCAGAACAAUUCCCGCUGUGAUUUACUAUCAUAAAUGAAUAAAGCUUUCUCAAAACAAUCCA